AUAAACCGGCGACCCUCACCUUGGCCCUCUCAUCAAUCAACAAGCCGCUCACCAUCAGCAACAGAACACAUUCUCUCGCUAACCUUUCCGACAGCAAAGUUACAUACAGCACAAUAUGGUACUGCAGAGCAAGACCGCCGCGGCCAUCGCGCUGCUCCUCGUGGCCGUCGUCGUGGCGGUGGCGGUGCCGGCGGCGAGCGCCUUCGGCUGCUUCGACGACUGCUACGAUCGCUGCGCCAAUGGGCUCAAGCAGGACCCGGCAUGCACCAAGAUGUGCAACGAGGCCUGCGGCGGCGGCGGCGGCGUCGCCGGCCAGGUGCUCGCCGGGGUCGGCGGCGCUGCCAGCACGGGUGCCUCUGUCGCCGCGGCCGGCGCCGGCGCCGCCACGACGGGAGCCGCCAGUGCCGUGGGAGCCGGGGUCUCUGCCGCCGCCGGCGUCGGGGCCGCCGCCGGUGGCCCGCCCGCUGCUUGA